AUGCCUAGGAUACCUUUAAAAAGAGCAAUCGACGCUUUGGAAAAUGACAUAUCUGAUCAACCUGAUGACUUGAUCGAGUUAGUAUCAACUCGAUCCAAGACGAUACAUGAAUUGCAAGAUACUAAACAUGAACAAUUAAACCAAGUGGAGAAUACCCAAGAAAUACAUCCUACUCAAGAUACGGUUCAAAGUGAUACAAUACCACAGGAGGACAUAGACAUUGAAAAGCAAACGGUCCGUUCAUCAAGCUUUUCCGAAAAGGACCUGACGGAUGUUGAAUCACUGGCUUAUACCCAAACCAUAGAUAGCCAAUCAGUUCGAGACAGUAUGAUGCACACACAGGAUGAACUUGGAGAGGAGCAGUUGGAAGAUGAAGAGAUGAUGGAAGUAACGCAUUUGAAGCCAGACGAGUUAAAGGAGAUAGAGCAGUUGAAGGAGACAGAACAGGCAAUGGACGUUCAGGUUGGGCAAACAGAAAUGCAGUUGGAGGCAGAUGACGAUCAGAUCAAGCAGACAGAGGUGGAUGAUGAUCAGGCCAGGCAAUUAGAGGUGGAUGAUGAUAUGCAGGCAGAGCAAACAGAGAUACAAUUGGAGAUAGAACAGAAGAAAACUGAGAUAGUGGAAAUAGAACAGCUAGAGAUGGAAAACGCCAAACAUACCGAGGAAGAGACAAAGGAUGAGCUCGCCAGGGAUGAUGCGCAAAGUGCGUAUGGAUAUGAUGGUAUGGAGCUAUUAAACAAUGAUACUUUAGCCGAUGAGCAACCCAUUGCUUCCCCAAUAUCCAAGUUAUCAGAAGUCAUAGAUGAUUCUGCUUUUCUUGAUGAUAAAGCAAGUGAUGUAGUAGAUGCCCAUAGAGAAAGGCUUGAUGAAGUAAUUGAUGAGUUAAAAUCAAGUAUAAGGAGUAAUUAUCAAAGCAAAUCUAUGAAAUUGAGAGAUAUUCAAGCAGAAGUGCUUGAUUCAGUCAUUGUCAAAAUCAUCAAAGACGAAAAGUAA